AAAAAAAGAACCAUGAAAAUGGAAAGAAAAAGAGAAUGAAAGAAAAGACGAGUUUUUUAAUUUGGUGCUAAAAUCCUUCAAAUUCCCCUGGCUUCUGUUCAUCCAAAAUGCAGCUCCAGGUCUGUGAAUGGCAGAACAACUACAAGUGAAUAAAAGAUGUUUGGCUCAUCAACUCCAAAGACAAAAGCCAAUUGGAUACCUGCAUUCCAUGAAAUUUUUAUUGAUCUAUGUCUAGAACAGACAUUAAAGGGGAACAAACCUGGUACGCAUUUUACUAAGGAGGGUUGGAGGAAUAUUGUUGAAUCAUUUUACAAAAAGACUGGUUUGAGUUAUGAUAAAAAACAAAUGAAGAAUCACUGGGAUAGCACUAAGGAGCAAUGGAAAGUCUGGUGUAAGCUAAUUGAUGCUAGUUUUAUGAAAUGGAAUCCUGAGAGAAAUACAUUCGGUGCAAGUGGUGAAGACUGGACCUACUAUAUACAGGCAAACCCAGAAGCUGUACAGUUUCGGUUUAAGGGACUUCAGCAUGCUGACAAAUUGAAAAUAAUUUUUGAUGGUACAAUUCAUACUGGUGAUACAGAAUUCAUGACUCAGCAUAAGAGGCAGAACAAUGUUUCAACCACUUCCUUUUUGCAUAAAAAAGAACCAUAUAAAGGGAUGCCAUAUGGGCUGGAUGAGUGUCCUAUUGAAGCUGUUACAGGUUACUUGAGACCUACAGAGCGACUUGCAAGUGAACAAAGCACAUCAGUUUCAAAGCCAAAAGCCACUUGGAUACCUGCCUACCAUGAAAUCUUUGUUGAUCUAUGUGUUGAGGAGACAUUAAAGGGAAAUCGACCUGGUACACAUUUUACCAAGGAGGGGUGGAGGAAUAUUGUUGAAUCAUUCCAAGACAAGACUGGUUUGAGGUAUGAUAGAAUACAACUGAAGAAUCAUUGGGAUUCCACAAAGGAACAAUGGAAGAUUUGGUGUAAGCUGGUUGACACUCAUCAUAUGAAAUGGGAUCCAAAUACCAAAAGCUUUGGUGCCAGUGAAGAAGAUUGGGAGAACUAUAUACAGGUAAACCCAGAAGCCGCACAAUUUCAGUAUAAGGAGCUCCAGAACACUGACAAACUGGAAAUUAUCUUUGAUGGAACAAUGAAUACUGGAGAAACAAAUCCUCCAAUUCAGCGGAGGAGGCUCAACAACAAUUCUGCUUCUUCUCUUCUGCAUAAAGAUGAGCCAGGCACAGGAAAGCGGGAUGGGAGGAGGCAACAUAGUGGAAGUCCUACUACGUCACUUUCAGAUGCAAAUGAAGGAGACACAAGCAAACUAGACAGGAAAACUGGGCAUCUUUAUGACAUGGAAUCAAGGAGUGUGACAAUUCAAAGGAGUCUAAUUACCAUUCAGCCUGCGCAAGGCAAACACGAUUAUAGUAUUGGCCAAUGCAUUGAGUGUCUAGACUCAAUGGGUGAAGUUGAACAAGGUAGUGAUCUUUACUUAUUUGCUUUAGAUUUAUUCCUAAAAAAGGAAUAUAGAGAAAUUUUUCUUGAACUGAAGGAGCCUAGUGUGAGGAUUGCUUGGUUGCAGCGGCUGCAAUCAUUUAGUCCUCCUUUGUAUUAAGAGGAACUUUUGGUAUUAAAUUUUUGUAAAGUUGAUGUUGUUGCAAAAUUAUUCUAUUGUAGUCCGCAGGUUCAAGACCAGAUUUUUGAUAAUAUUAGAAAAUUUUGUUUUCUCA